AUGGAUAAAUUAACAAAGAUAAUAGAAAAGAGAAGCAGUGUUCGCAGCAGCGUCACUAAGCUACUAAAAAGAGCGCAUGUAGCUCUGGAGGAAGAAAAAGAAAAAAGCGACUUAAAUACUUUGGAAGAAAUCCUUGAACUUUUAGGAACUAAAGAGGAAAUUUUAAAACAAUAUAAUCAAGAAGUAGAAGACCUUAUUACCGAUCCAGAAAAAUUCAAAUCGGAAUUAAAAGGAUCUGAAGAAUAUGAGGAUAAAAUAUUAACAGUCAAAAUUAAAUUGAGGGGUCAUCUAAAGCAAGUCACCGUAAAUACUUCUGCCCAGGAAUCUAAUUCGAGCCUAAACAAAUCAAUAAAUGCGGUUUCGGCUCUGAAACUACCUAAAUUAGAAAUUCCACGUUUUUCUGGAGAUACAAAUUUCAUGGAAUUCCUUAAUUGCUAUAAUAGUGCAAUCGGAUAUAAUGACUCCUUAACUAAAAUAGAAAAAUUUCAAUACUUAAAAUCGUUGCUUUCUCCCCCCGCGUACAACGUAGUUGCUGGAUUUGAGUUAAAUGAAAAGAAUUAUGAUUCUUGUAUUGAGCUUUUAAAUCAACGCUAUGGGCGUAAGGAUUUCAUCAUAAAUUCCUAUAUGUCUAGACUACUAAAUUUAGAGCCCGUUAGAAAUUCCUCCCAUGUUAAAGGCUUGCGUAGAUUGUAUGACGACAUUGAAAUAAAUAUAAGAAAUUUAAAAUCUCUAGAUGUUACGGAGGGAUCUUAUGGUCAUUUGUUGAAUCCUUUAUUAUUAAAAUUAUUGCCCCAAGAUUUGGUUUUAGAUUUUCAUCGGAAGCGCAGUAAGGAUAAUAACUGUGAGGCUUCGGAAAUUAUGGAUUUCUUAAGAAACGAAGUUGAAUCGAGGGAAAUUUACGACUCUAUUUUGAGCGAGUUGAAGACAAAAAACAUACAACUUGCCGACUCAUUUGACAAGGGGGUUCCGGUGGAAAUUAUAGUGGGCAGUGACUCCUUUUGGGAAGUUGUUUAUGACCAACGGGAAAGGGUCUGUCAGAACACCUGGGUCAUAAAUUCAGUCUUCGGGUGGCUAAUAGGGGGUGUCGGUAAGAGGGACGAUUCGACUGAAAGUUGCGAAAAUGUUUGUUUGGUAAUGGAUUCUUCUUCUAUUUUGUUUGAGCUGAAUAAAUUUUGGGAGAUAGAGGAAUUUCCUAACGAAAUACGAGGCCUUUCUGAGAGGGAUGAUCAUUUGAUUAAAACCUUCGAAAAUAAUUUGAAAUUUAAUGGAAAACGGUAUGUUUGCAAAUUAAUGUGGAAAGAUAAUAUGGGACCUCCAGUUGAAUUGGAUUCUAAUUUUGAAGUUGCGGAAAGGCGCUUUAAUUCAUUGGAAAGGAAAUUAAAUAAAAAUCCCGAAAUUGCGGACCAGUACAAAAAAAUUGUUAAGGAUCAAUUAGAAUGCGAUAUUGUCGGAAAAUGUGUUUAUAAAGACACUCGGACGGGAUAUUAUAUGCCUCACAGAGCGGUUAUCCGUGACGAUAAAGCUACGACUCAAGUAAGAAUAGUCUAUGAUUGUAGUAGUAAGGGAGGGGAAAAUAAAAAAUCUUUGAAUGAUUCACUUGAGACAGGAGUUAAUCUUAAUGCCAAUUUAUUGGAUGUUAUUCUUAAAUUUCGGGAAAAUCAAAUUGCGUUUUGCGGAGAUUUAGUAAAGGCAUUUCUUAUGAUAGAGAUUGCAGAGGAAGAUAGAAAAUAUCUAAAAUUUUUAUGGUUUCCGGAAGAUACGGGCGGCUCAAAGCAAGUAUUUAAUUUUAAUCGUCUUCCCUUUGGCUUAACUACAUCUCCCUUUGCUUUGGCUUGCGUUUUAAAAUUUCAUAUAAGGAAAUUUAUAGAUAAGUAUCCUAAAUGUUGUGAAAUGUUAAAUUCUCUAUAUGUCGAUGACUUAUAUUAUGGAGCAGAUACCGCGCAGGAUGCUUAUCAGUUAACUUCUUCUGCUAUAGAUAUAUUACGCUCCGCCGGGUUUAAUUUAAGGAAAUUAAGAACUAAUUGUGUCGAGUUAAAUGAACUUUGGUUUGAGAAUGGGUAUAAAGGAAAUACUGAUCAUGGGCAAGGAUCGGGUUUCUUAGGAUUGAAUUGGGAUCCAAUUGAGGACGAGAUUAAGUUGAAUUUAAAAGAUGUUUGGAAUUCCUUGGAAUUUGGAAUCACCAACGGAACUUCUAAAAGACAUGAGCUGAGAGUAAUCUCUCAAAUUUUCGAUCCUUGUGGACUAAUCAGCCCUUUUGUAAUCACAGUUAAAAUUCUCAUUCAAGAAUUAUGGAAAAGGAGCCUCGAAUGGGAUGAACAGCUACCACAGGAUUUGGAAGAAAAAUGGAACACUUGGUGCUCUGAACUCUCUGCUAUAGAUAACUUGCGGAUUGAACGAAAACUGUUUACGAAAUUAAGAACGAAUGACAUUUCACUCCACAUCUUCUGUGACGCUAGUCCUAAAGCCUAUGGGGCUGUGGCAUAUUUCCGAUACAUCACCGAAGAAGGAAGUGCUAAGGUGAGCUUUAUUAUGUCUAAAAGUAAGGUUGCUCCUUUGAAAACCUUAACCCUUGCGAGAUUGGAACUGAUGGCAGCACUCAUCGGUGCUCGCUUAGCGAAAUACUUGCAGGACACCUUUCCAUCUUUAAUUAAAAGAGUUUAUUUAUGGAGUGACUCGAAAAUUGUUAUCCAUUGGGUGAAGGGAUCGGCAAAAAUAUGGAAACCCUUUGUGUGUAACAGAGUAACUCAGGUGCAGUUACUUACUUCUCCGCUCUGUUGGAACCAUUGUAGUGGAUCGGAAAACCCUGCUGAUUUAACUACGAGAGGGGAAUCGGCGAAAGCAUUUCUCUCAAGUUCUCUUUGGUGGACGGGACCUGAGUGGCUGUCUCGGCCGGUACAUUCGUGGCCUGUGCAGUGUUCGUCAAUUCUCUCUGAUUCCAUUUGUGAUAAAGAAAUAUUUUCCUCAGAGCGACGGAGAACUGAAACCGUCAACACAAUGGUUGUUACUACCAAUGUUGAUGACUGUAUUUCAAGCUGUAUUAACAUUGAUAAAUACAGCAAUCUUCGAAAACUUUUGCGUGUUACAGCUUUUGUGAAAAGGUUUAUGAGCAAUUCUAAACCUCGUUCUUUAAAAUUUAGUGGACCUCUUAGUGCUUUCGAACUUCAGGAAGCCUUACAUUCUUGGAUCAAGGCUACUCAAAUAAAAUAUUUCGGAGCUGAAAUUCACCAGCUUCUUUCUAAGAGUGUCAUCUCCAAGGACUCGUGCGUAUAUAAUCUGAGUCCUGAACUCGAUGAAAAUAAUCUGCUGCAAUUGAAGGGUCGUCUGCAGUUUUUUAGCGGUGACAUGAGGGCGAAGCAUCCUUGGCUUCUCCCAUCCAACGAUAAAUUUGUAAAAUUACUGAUAUUGGAUGCUCAUUUCAAAAUGGGCCAUUUAGGUGUUGAAGGUACCUUAACUCACUUGAGCGAACAAUUCUGGAUCAUCAAAGGUAGACAAUUUGUAAAAAAAGGUAUUGAAUGA